CUCUCUCUCAAGUCUCAACUCCCCACGCUAAAUCAUUCCUUAAAUCGUCUCUCUAAGCUUGGCCAUUGUCAUCUCCCUAAAUUCCCUUCCUUCAAACAAAACAAAAAUCUACACGAUGUCGUCUCAAUCUCCGCCAGUCCUCCCUAUCACAAACCUCCAACCAACCACCACCACCACCACCACCGCUACAGCUUCCCAACCACCACUCCCUCCACACGCCUUACGCGCAUUCCUUAACAACAUAACCGAAUCCGUCCGCAACGGCUUCUCCCAACGCCGCCCCUUUACCGAACUAAUCGACCGAUCCGCUUUCUCCAAACCCGAAUCCAUAUCCGAAGCCACAACCCGGAUCCGCAAAAACUACGCCUAUUUCCGCAUCAAUUACCUCGCCGCCAUUUUCGUAAUCCUCGCAUUCUCCCUCCUUACUAACCCCUUCUCCCUCCUCCUCCUCGUCGGUCUCCUCUGCUCCUGGCUUUUCUUGUAUCUCUUCCGCGCUUCCGAUCAGCCUCUGGUCCUCUUCGGCCGGACAUUCAGUGACCGUGAAACGCUCGGGAUUCUAAUCGUUCUGAGCGUUUUCGUGGUUUUUCUAACGAACGUUGGAUCAGUGAUCAUCUCGGCGCUUUUGGUCGGUGUGGGGAUUGUCUGUGCUCAUGGCGCUUUUCGUGUUCCUGAGGAUCUUUUCUUGGAUGAUGUUCAAGAAAACGCGAGUACAGGGUUCUUGUCUUCAUUCCUCGGUGGCGCUGCCUCUAAUGUUGUCGCCUCCGCCGCUCCUAUUGUGGCUGCCGCCCGUGCUUGAGGAUCUGGAGGAUGUGGUAUCAAUUAACGUGUUUUAAUAGAUGAAAUAAACACGGAUCUUAAAUGGAUUUUGGUCUAAUUUGUAUGGAUUUAUAUUAUUAUUUUUACUUUUUCAUAUGGGGUUUUGUACGGAUCUACAAGUUUUUUCUUUCAUUUUAGGAUGUAAUUCAUAUGAUUGGUUGUAAUUAGUUUGAUUUUACAUGAUUAGUGAAUCUUUAUCUUGUUUUA